AGUUCCUGGGACUAAAAGUUCUGGGUACUUUUGGUGGCUUUAGAACGGGCUAACUAAUAAGAAAAUCAGCGAAGCCUAUGAAGUAGCCUACUCGGGAAUCGGUUAUGAACAAAGUUAUGAAAUUUGGUUGAUGGCUAUCUACAUAAUCAAUACAUUGAAAAUUAUAACAUGCCGUCACCCGUAUGUCGUGUGGCAAAUCUAUUGCUCCUGUUCUGUGGCUUCGCCUAUUCCUGUGGAAGUGCAGAAUAUGAAAUUAAUGGAGAGUGCUGUCCAAGGUGCACACCUGGGACACAUGUUCAUGAACACUGCACAAAAUUUGGUAGUACCUCAUGUGUGCCAUGUGCUCAAAAAACAUUCAUUGACGUGCCAAGCAGUCUUCCCGAAUGUUUGCCUUGCAGAAUGUGUGACCCAGGCUAUUCUGCUUUAAAAAUAGUCAGGGAGUGCACCCCCACCUCUGACACAGUGUGUGGGCCUCUGGAUCACCACUACUGCACUAAGACCGAUUAUAAGGGGUGCACAUUUGCACAGAAACACACCAUCUGCUGGCAUGGACAAUUCAUCAUACGCAACGGAACAACAUCGGCUAAUACCAAAUGUGGAGACUGUCCUGAUAAAACUUUUUCCAAUGAAUCCUCGUCUGCAUACUGCAAACCACACACAGAUUGCCAGUCCUUGGGAAUGCAGGAAAUUACAGCAGGAACAAACACAUCGGAUAGUGAAUGUGGACCAAGAAAUAUUCCUGUUUACAUCGUUAUUGUGUCUGUGCUCCUUGCUUUAGUUGUUAUUUUAGCAAUCAUUUUCAUUUUAAAGAGGAGAAAGAAGAACGUGGCAACAGAUUUGACAGAAGGUGAAAGAAUGAACAGCGUAAGCCAGCCACAGGAUGAAGGGUGGCAGGACUUACUCUUUGAUAGGGUGAGGAGCUCAGCUAUCAGGGAGGACAUCAAAGUAGACCCGCUGCUCCCCUGCAUUGAAAGGAGUCAGUUGAGGUGGUUCAGGCAUCUGAUAAGGAUGCCUCCUGUUCGCCUUCCUCUGGAGGUGUUCCGGGGUCAGCCACUGGGGAGGAGACCGAGGGGCAGACCUGGGACACGCUGGAGGGAUAUCCAAAGGCUGGCCUGGUAUUGCCUGGGGAUCCACUGAGAUGAGUUAUCGGAAGUUACAGGGGAGGUCUGGGCUGCUCUGCUUGCCUUUUUGCCACCGCGACCCUGACCUGACUUGGACUGAGCGGUUAGAGAAUGGACGGAUGGACGGAUCAUCUCAUUCAUUUGGAUAACCUUGAAAUUAGACCUGCUUGAUCUGAAAGAGACGAGCUGGUGACAGUCAGAGGUAUGUGUGAUAAAUGGUUGGAGAUCCUGCAUAGUCACUGUGUGGAAUAGCUUGCCAGGCCAUGUAGCAGAGGAAGAAAAGGCAUAACACUUGGAACACAAGAUAACACCUUGGAACUGGCAGCAAUGAAUGGCACAAGGACUGGCAGAUCCGCCAAAAUCAGACAUGUUUGUGCCUAAAAGGCAACCCAGGCAGGCUAUAAAGCAUGUUUGCAGCAUUGUGAGGAACAACUACGGAGCAAAUCCAUUAACAGAACUCAUCUCUGGAAGCAUGGAGACCAAACAAGGAUGAAACCAUAGUCACUGACAGGAGGGUUGAGCUCUGCUCAUACAACGCACUCACGCCAUUUAGUCAGCUUUUCCGCGCAACAGGCACCAUAUGAGCAAAACUCAUCCAAAUUAGACCACAGAUCCGAAGCCACUGGCAGAGUUUGAGUAUCAAAAGAGUGAAUACACGGAGCCAGAGAACCAGCCAGCACAGGCUCCACAGCACACCUGCAACCAGAGUUCACCUGUGGUGGAUCCCACAUGCCCAACCAGAAGCAGUCCAGCUGUUCGGCCUCCUGGCAGGUACAAAGACUUGAGGCAACGCUAAAGGUUGCACUCCACCAACCUGAACCUCUGACCCUAUAUGAGCAUUAAAAAGGGAGUUUUCAUGAGAGACAGACUAUAUGAAAAAAUGUAUAGCAAAUCAAGAUAGAAAACUGAGCUGACUGCUGUUUUUUGCUUAAACUCUACUUGUUGACACUGGAAGCUUCCCUCAUUUUCCUGGAGUUCACUAUUAUUUUUGUGUUCUAUUUUGAUAGUGUAAUCCACUCUGAAUGCCUUGUUACACAGUGCUGUUUCUGUAUGCUAUUCCUUGUUUCAUGGAUAAAGGAUAUGAAGAUGUCUUAUGUCA